AUGCCCAGUGAGGAGCAUGUGGAUGCUCUUCCUGUGUUUCGUUCUGUUAUGGGGCAAGUCCUUGCGUUGCUGGAGCCGCUCUCGAGGGCAUCUUUGACUGCAAUACGACGACGCAUUCUGCCAAAGGAUGGCGCGAACGUGGAAUCGGUGAUCUGCCCUCUAGGUGCACUUCUCACUGGCAUCAUGGAUGACCGAACUCCCAUUAAACCGCUUCAUGCAUCGUUCUACGAUUUCCUGACGGAUAGAAGCCGGAGUGGCGAGCUCUUUGUUGGUGAAUCCACGACGCACCACCAAAAUCUGGCUUUUGCCUCGCUCCGCGUCAUGAAAGACGAGCUGCGCUUCAAUAUUUGCGAUCUGGAGAGCUCUUACUUACCGAAUUCAGCUGUGACCGAUCUAGAAGAACGCAUCAACCGAUCCAUCUCCCCUGAGUUGCAAUAUUCCUGCCGAUUCUGGACCUUCCAUGUCAACGCUGCGAGGUUUGAGCGUUCCCUUGCAACAGAAAUAGAGUGCUUCCUUACUAAUGACCGCGUGCUUUUUUACCUCGAAGUGCUGAGUCUCACCCAGGCACUCAUUGGUACAACAUGGGCACUAUCUUCGAUUAUACCCUGGUUCAAAGUGCGUUCAUUUUAUGAUCUGCCAGCCAUGGAAGAUAAUGCUGUUGUUACAGGAUGA